GCACUUCUGUAGUGUUAGCAUUUAGUAAGUGACGCCGAAGGUAACAGAACAGGACAAUCGAGGAACGCUUCCUGUCGCUUUCCGCCGGCAUUACUGGACGAACGAAGCCGCUCAGGGAAAAGACAGAAAGAUGGAGUUGGUGAAGAAGAUGGAGACAUCACACUGGUGGUGGCUUGACAGUCACAGCAGCUCAAAUCGCUCUCCAUGGCUUCAAUCUACUCUUUCUGAGCUUGAUGGGAAGACACAGGCAAUGCUGAAAUUGAUUGAGGAAGAUGCAGAUUCCUUUGCCCAACGUGCUGAAAUGUAUUACAAGAAGCGACCAGAGCUGAUUAGCAUGGUUGGAGAUUUUUAUCGAGCCUUCCGCUCAUUGGCCGAGCGGUAUGAUCAACUUAAAUCAGAUGGCGGAACUCGUCUCUUAACAACACUGGUCUCUCCUUUCUCUUCCUUCAAAUGUUGCUCAGAGAAGUCAACAACGGCCAGUAUGGACAACACCUCUGAUAGUUGCUCUGAGACUUUUGAGGCUGAGGGCUAUGCUGAAUCUGAAGUUGAGGAUCCUGAACAGGAUGAGAGAACUCUAAUUAACAUAGGAGGAAAACAGGUAGAGAAUUCCGUGAAGGGAGAAGAAAACCAAACUGACAAAGUAGCAGAAGAGCCUAUACAUCCUGAAGAGGAAGAUGGAACUAUACUUGAUCAAGAAACUGGAGAACUAAUUUUAAGUAAGGUCCACAAUGAUGAAUUGAUGAUGAAGUUAAGGAAAGCAGUGGAGAGACUAAAGCAAGAGAGCAAAGUUCAGAAGGCUCAACUGAUGGAGAAAGUUGAAGAGAAAAGGAAAGUUCUGAGUGAGCUUUGGAAUGGUGAAGUAAUGAAAUUGAGGACAAAAGUAGAGAAGCUGGAGGAAGAAAACAAAGGUCUGAAGGCUCAACUGAUUGAGAAAGAUAAAGAGAAGAGGAAGGUCUUGAGUGAGAUCUGCAAUGCUGAAGUAAUGAAGUGGAAGGUAGAAGUAGAUCAACUAAUGGAAGAAAACAAAGUUCUGAAGGCUCGAGUGGUUGAGAAAGAUAAAGAGAAAAGCAAGGUCUUGAGUGAGAUCAGUAAUGCUGAAGUAAUGAAGUGCAGGGUAGAAGUAGAUCGACUAAUGGAAGAAAACAAAGUUCUGAAGGCUCAACUGAUUGAGAAAGAUAAGGAGAAGAGCAAGGUCUUGAGUGAGAUCUGCAAUGCUGAAGUAAUGAAGUGGAGGGUAGAAGUAGAAAGACUACUGAAAGAAAACAAAGUUCUAAAAGCACAAGUGAUUGAGAAAGAUAAAGAGAGUAGCAAGAUCUUGAGUGAGAUUUGCAAUGCUGAAGUAAUGAAGUUGAGGGUAGAUAGACUGAUGGAAGAAAACAAAGUUCUGAAGGGUCACCUGAUAGAGAAAGAUAAAGAGAAGAACAAGGUCUUGAAUGAGAUCUGCAAUGCUGAAGUAAUGAAGUUGAGGGUAGAAGUAGAUAGACUGUCGGAAGAAAACAAAGUUCAGAAGGCUCAACUGAUAGAGAAAGAUAAAGAGAGGAGCAAGAUUUUGAUUGAUCUCAGCAAUGAUGACGUAAUGAAGUUAAGGGUAGAACUAGAGAGACUAGAGGAAGAGGACCAUAUUCAGAAGGCUCAACUCAUGCAGAAAGAUGAAGAGGAAAGAGAUGUGAUUAGACGUCUUCAAGUGCUCAAGAAUCAGUAUAUGGAGUUGAAGAAAGAAGCAGAGAGACUGAAGGAAGAGGAUCAUAUUCAGAAGGCUCAACUCAUGCAGAAAGAUGAAGAGAAAAGAGAUGUGAUUAGACAUCUUCAAGUGCUCAAGGAUCAGUAUUUGGAGUUGAAGGAAGAAGUGGGGGGAUUGAAGGAAGAGGAACAGAUUCAGAAGGCUCAACUCAUGCAGAAAGAUGAAGAGAAAAGAGAUGUGAUUAGACAUCUUAGUUUGGCUAUUCAAGUGCUCAAGGAUCAGAAUAUGGAGUUGAAGAAGAGUAUCAAGAGAAUUCCCCACAAGAAAUGGAAUGCCUUUGACUUCAGCAAAUAUAUGCGGGGUUUUCCUGGAGCUACUUAACAGAUCUCAAAAGCUUCAGGUAACUGUUGUUGGUCUUUGGAUGUAGGUUACAGGAAAGCAAGUAGCAUAACCGGUAGAACACAGCAAUACAGAUUUGUAAUUGUUGUAUAUCUCUGAACACAAUUGAUAUAAUGUUACUUUCUAAAAUAGAUCCAAUUGUAACAA